AAUAUUCCAAAGACACAGAUUGCAGCCCAACCCAAGAAGCACAAAAAUAAAAAAACACAGACCAAUCAGAAGCACAAAAUGGAGGUUCUUACGGAGACCGUUAAAGUGAUCGUUGAAAAAGUUGUGGGCUACGCAAUUGGAGCAGUAGCACGUCAGAUGGGUUAUCUGAUUCACUUCAAAAGAAAUGUUGACAAACUCAGGAACGAAGUUGUUGAUCUCGAAGAUGAUAGAAAGAGUGUGGAACGAAAGGUUGAAGCUGCUGAAGACAAUUUAGAAGAAAUUGAACAUAAAGUCCUGACGUGGCUGAAACGUGUUGAAACGGUCACUGAAGAGGCACAAGAAUUCUUUAAAGAGGAAGGCCAAGCAAAGUUGAAGUGUUUCAACGGACGCUGUUUAAAUUUGAAGGCCCGUUAUCAGCUUGGCAAAAGAGCACACGAGAUGGGAUUGGCCGUCAUGGAAAUCAAGGACAAGGGCACGUUCCAGACUGUUGGCCAUCGUGUCCCUAUACAAGGAGGUACUACAAUUUCUACUAAAGGUUAUGAGGACUUUGAAUCAAGAAAGUCAACUUUGAAUGGAAUUAUGAGGGCUCUGAGAGAUGAUUCUAUCCGUGCCAUUGGCGUCUAUGGGAUGGGCGGCGUCGGCAAAACCAUGCUUGUUGGAAAAAUUGCUACACAAGCCAAAGAAGACGUUUUAUUUGAAAGGAUUGUUAAAGUAGUUGUAUCCCAAAUACCUGACUUGGAAAAGAUUCAGAAAGACAUUGCGACAGAAUUGGGUCUGAGUUUUCAAGAUGAGACCGAUUCUCAAAAAGCAGAUUUGCUACGUGAGCGGCUGAAGAAAGAGAAGAUCCUUUUAAUUAUAGAUGAUAUUUGGAACAAGAUUGACUUGGAGUCUCGUGGCAUUUCUUUUGGGGAUGAUAAAAAAGGAAGCAAACUAUUGCUAACGUCUAGAUCUGAAGAUGUAUUAGGCGAGUAUACGGAUCCUCAAGAGAUAUUCCAAGUUGAAGCUUUAUCAAACAAUGAAGCUAAAUUCUUGUUUGUAAAGAUAGCGGGCAAUUUUGCUGAAACCUUGGAUUUUCAAUCUACCAUGGUUGAGGUUGUCAAAGAAUGUGCAAGCUUACCGAUUGCCAUUACAACAGUUGCAAAUGCAUUGAAAAAUCAAAAGAACCCAAAUGUCUGGAAGGAUGCCUUGCGACAAUUAAAAAGGGCAAAUCCAACACAGAUCGAAAAGAUGCAUGAGAAGGUAUACUCAAGUAUAAAGUUGAGUUACGAUUUUUUAAAUAAGGAAGCGCGGUCUUUAUUCCUGUUCUGCAGUAUAUUUGAAGAAGAAAAGGUCAUACGUAUAGAUAGCUUGUGGAGAUAUUUGGUGGGUUUGGACUUCUUUGAAGAUGUUUAUACAAUGGAAGAAGUGAGAAAUAGGGUCCACACAUUGGUCAAUGGUCUAAAAGAUUCUUCCUUGUUGUUGGAAGGUAAUGGAAGUGGUACAUUUAAAAUGCAUGACGUCAUUCGUGAUGUUGCCAUUUAUAUUGCAAACAAAGAUAAAGAUAAGGAGAUGUUAACCAUUAGAAGUUCAGAUGAUUUGGAAAAAUGGUCAAAUAAGAAAAAAUUGAAAGAUUUCUUUGGAAUCGCACUUUUUGAUGUUAAGUUCAGUGAUCUUCCCAAAAAGUUGGAAUGUCCACAACUUAAAUUCAUUUUAUUGGGUGAUAAAGACUAUUCUUCGGCAAUCCCUAAUCACUUUUUUGAAGGGACAAAAGAGCUCAAAGUUUUCUUUUUGUUUGAUGCAUACCAUUCACUUCCUUCAUCCCUUUCAUGUCUUCACAACCUCCAAUCGUUGGUUUUGCAUAAGUGUGAUCAGUUAGAAGAUGUGGCUAUAAUUGGAGAAUUAAAGAAUUUGAAAGCUCUUACCCUAUCAGGGUCCGACAUCAAACGUUUACCUAUUGAAAUUGGUCAAUUGACUUACCUUAAAUUGUUGGAUUUGAAAGGAUGCACCAAACUUGAAGUUUUUCCACCCAAUGUAUUAUCAAAUCUUAAGAGGUUAGAAGAAUUAUAUAUGAAGAGUAGUUUUAAUCAAUGGCAGGUUGAUGGAGAAAUCACAGAAAUAAACAAUACUAGGGUCACAGAGUUGAACCAUUUGUCACUCUUGACCACGUUGUGCAUUCAUAUUCCCAGUGCUAAGAUCCUACCAAAAGCCUCACUUUUUGAGAAAUUGGAAAGAUAUGAAAUAUUAAUAGGUGAUGAUUGGGAUUGGGAUAGUGACAGUGUUAGUGACAAUGACGAUGAGUUUGAAAUCUCAAGAAUGGUGAAACUGGAACUUGAUAGAAGCUUUCAAGUAGAGGAUGGGAUUAAAAUUUUAUUGAAAAGGUGUGAAUAUCUUGAUUUGAUUCCUGGGGAGGGUAUUAAAAAUAUUCUUUACGAAGUUGAUAAGGAAGGUUUUCCACAAUUAAAGCAUCUCUAUGUUCGAGACAGCACAGAUAUUCAAUACAUCAUUAACUUGAUGGGGUUUCAAUGUGUUGUCUUUCCUCUCUUGGAGUGUCUUUCUCUAGACAGUAUGACAAAUUUGGAAAAGAUAUGCCAUGGCCAUGACCAACUUGCCAUGGGGUCUUUCCGUAGCUUGAAAAGGUUAGAAGUGAGCAAUUGUGAUGAGUUGAAAUUUGUCUUCUCCUUAACCAUGCUUGGAUGCUUUUCGCAACUUCAAGAAAUGGUGAUUAAGAAUUGCAAGGUAAUGAGUGCAAUUGUUGCAAAGGAAAGAAAACAUGAGAUACAAGUCAACAACAUCACUGACGACGUCAAAACAAAUAUAGUGGACUUCUCUCAAUUGCGUUCUCUGGAUCUACGAAAUUUACCAGACUUGAUGGGUUUCUAUUCUGAUGUUGAUUCUCAACUACUUUUCAGCGAAAAGGUUGCCUUUUUUAACUUGGAGAGAAUAUUCAUCAUUGGCAUAGAUAACCCGAAGAUGUUGUGGCACAAUCAUCAACUCAUUCCAGAUUCCUUUUGCAAAAUAAAAAAGUUGCAUGUUGGCAGUUGUAAAAGUCUAAUGAACAUUUUUCCUCCUACUAUGUUGAGAAGACUCCAGAAUCUUGAAGAAUUAAAGAUAGAGGAUUGCAAUUCGGUAGAAGAGGUAUUUGAGGUUAGAGGGGAAAAUGUUGAUGAAAUAUGUGAUAAGGGAUCUACUCAAUUGAGAGUCUUGAGACACUUGACUUUAAUCAAUUUACCGAAACUUAAGCAUGUAUGGACUUCAGAUCCUGAAGCAAUUUUAACAUUUCAAAAUCUACGUCAAGUUAAAGUUUCUAAAUGUAAAACUCUGAAAAGUCUUUUUCCGGUCUCGGUGGCCAGAAGUCUUGAACAACUUGAGAGUCUACAUAUAAAUGAUUGUGAAUUAAUGGAGGAAAUUGUUGCUUUGGAAGAAGGCUUGGAAACAAUGACUAAGUUUGUGUUCCCACAAAUAGCCUCUCUAACUCUUCAAUCGCUGCCUGAACUUAAGUGUUUCUAUCCCAGAAAGCACACUUCAGAGUGGCCAUCAGUGACAAGUUUGACGAUAUCCAAAUGUGACAAAGUGAAGAUUGUUGCUUCGAAUGAAUUAAACUUCACAGAAACAGAUGAGUUAGGCGAUCACGUUCCGGUUCAGCAGCCCCUUUUUCUCAUUGAAAAGGUUGCCUUUUUUAACUUGGAGACAAUAAUCAUCAAUGGCAUGGAUACCUUGAAGAUGUUGUGGCAAAACCAACUCGUUUCAAAUUCCAUUUGCAAAAUAAAAAAGUUGCAUGUUGGCAGUUGUAAAAAUCUAAUGAACAUUUUUCCUCCUAAUAUGUUGAGAAGACUCCAGAAUCUUGAAGAAUUAAAGAUAGAGGAUUGCAAUACGGUAGAAGAGGUAUUUGAGGUUAGAGGGGAAAAUGUUGAUGAAAUAUGUGAUAAGGGAUCUACUCAGUUGAGAGUCUUGAGACACUUGACUUUAAUCAAUUUACCGAAACUUAAGAAUGUAUGGACUUCAAAUCCUGAAACAAUUUUAACAUUUCAAAAUCUACGUCAAGUUAAAGUUUCUAAAUGUAAAACUCUGAAAAGUCUUUUUCCGGUCUCGGUGGCCAGAAGUCUUGAACAACUUGAGAGUCUACAUAUAAAUGAUUGUGAAUUAAUGGAGGAAAUUAUUGCUUUGGAAGAAGGCUUGGAAACAAUGACUAAGUUUGUGUUCCCACAAAUAACCUCUCUAACUCUUCAAUCGCUGCCUGAACUUAAGUGUUUCUAUCCCAGAAAGCACACUUCAGAGUGGCCAUCAGUGACAAGUUUGAGGAUAUCCAAAUGUGACAAAGUGAAGAUUGUUGCUUCGAAUGAAUUAAACUUCACAGAAACAGAUGAGUUAGGCGAUCACGUUCCGGUUCAGCAGCCCCUUUUUCUCAUUGAAAAGGUUGCCUUUUUUAACUUGGAGACAAUAAUCAUCAAUGGCAUGGAUAACUUGAAGAUGUUGUGGCAAAACCAACUCGUUUCAAAUUCCAUUUGCAAAAUAAAAAAGUUGCAUGUUGGCAGUUGUAAAAAUCUAAUGAACAUUUUUCCUCCUAAUAUGUUGAGAAGACUCCAGAAUCUUGAAGAAUUAAAGAUAGAGGAUUGCAAUACGGUAGAAGAGGUAUUUGAGGUUAGAGGGGAAAAUGUUGAUGAAAUAUGUGAUAAGGGAUCUACUCAGUUGAGAGUCUUGAGACACUUGACUUUAAUCAAUUUACCGAAACUUAAGCAUGUAUGGACUUCAGAUCCUGAAACAAUUUUAACAUUUCAAAAUCUACGUCAAGUUAAAGUUUCUAAAUGUAAAACUCUGAAAAGUCUUUUUCCGGUCUCGGUGGCCAGUAGUCUUGAACAACUUGAGAGUCUACAUAUAAAUGAUUGUGAAUUAAUGGAGGAAAUUAUUGCUUUGGAAGAAGGCUUGGAAACAAUGACUAAGUUUGUGUUCCCACAAAUAACCUCUCUAACUCUUCAAUCGCUGCCUGAACUUAAGUGUUUCUAUCCCAGAAAGCACACUUCAGAGUGGCCAUCAGUGACAAGUUUGAGGAUAUCCAAAUGUGACAAAGUGAAGAUUGUUGCUUCGAAUGAAUUAAACUUCACAGAAACAGAUGAGUUAGGCGAUCACGUUCCGGUUCAGCAGCCCCUUUUUCUCAUUGAAAAGGAUACAUUCCCUAACUUGAAAGAAUUGGAUUUGGAUUGGAAUGAAACCAUGAAUCAGACAAAUGGUCGACUUUUUGGAGAGUUCUUUUGCAAACUAGAAGUUCUCAGAUUGUACGGCAAAGAUGAUAAAUUGAUAGCAGUCCCUUCGGUAUUUGUUGAAGGAUUACGCUAUCUUAAGUCUCUUUCCGUCACUAAUCUUUUCUUCGAUAACGAAGGACAAUAUGCUGGGACGUUUGAACGUUUGACAGAGUUGAAACUAUAUAAAAUGCCCAAGUUGAUGCUUUUGUGGAAGGAAAACUCUGAACAAGGUAGGGCAUUUCAAAAUUUGGAGAUUCUGAGAGUAUCAGAAUGCGGUAGAUUAAAAAAUUUAGUGCCAUCCUCAAUGCAUUUCCGAAAUUUAAACAUUUUGAGAGUAUCGAAAUGUCAUGGGUUGAUUAGUUUAGCAACUUCCUCAGCAGUCAAAAGUUUGGUCCAACUCAAACAAUUGAUUAUAUCUGAAUGCAAAAGAAUGAGAGAAAUAGUCACAAACGAGGGAGAAGGUGAAGCAGGAGAUGAGAUUUGUUUCAAUCAAUUGAAGUAUUUGUGGCUUGAAGAUUUACCCAGCCUGAGAAGCUUCCACUUGGGUAAUCGCACCAUCAAAUUCCCAUCACUGGAAGAUCUAUGUGUGAUCGGAUGCCCGGAAAUGAAGAUCUUCUCUAAUGGAGUCCUAAGCAUGCCGAAGCUAAAGAAAGUUGGACUGGACGAAAACUACUGGUGGGCAGAGCGAAGAGAACUGUUACCAGAGGAAGAUGUGAAUAGCGCCAUAAAAAGAUUUUGGGAGGAAAACUAUGAUUCAUGCGUGCAACAACUAUUCACUGAGAAGACUGAUGCAAGCACAAGUGAGGCAGGAGAGAAAAAUGGUGUUGAUAACUUGGAGGAUGACUUAAAGGAAGAUUAAUCUUUUAAUUUAUUAAUGAUUCAAUUCUAGAACAUUAUAAAUAAUUUAUAUUGUAGUUGUUCAAAGUAGGUUCUGUAAGGUUCUAUUGUUGAACAUGUGAUGUAGUCUUUUUCUUUUUUGGGGGGUGUCAUGUAGACUUUAUUGGAUUGGACCAACAAGUUUGCCGGAAUGUAUUGGUGUGUUGUGUAUAAGCCAUAAGGUUGAGACUCAUGUAGACUCAUAGUAGCUUUGUCAUGGGGCUUUGGAGCUAAGACAAGGCUAUUAUAUAGUCCAAGAAAUCAUACAAAAUUUUAUUAGUGAAACUGGUUGUUUCGUAGACAAAUAAUGGAUUGUUUUAAUCAAGUAGUGCAUUUUGUACUCA